ACAAAUUUGCUAUCAUGUCUUCAGGCAGUAGCCGCGAUACUGUAUACGAGUUAUUGCUGUGAGGACACAAGUCUCCUCUGCUCCAAGCUACUUCUCCCGCCAGAUCUCAACAUGCCUCGAACAGAUCGCGACCGCAAUACCAAGUCGCUCCCGGGCAUCAUCACGUUCGCGGUCCUAGGCGCCUUGACCGGUCACAGUCGGGAGCUCAAAUCUUUUGACAGUUAUGCCAUUGCCCGUAACGCAAACCUCAAACGACGGGAAUCCAUUAACUACGUACCUGUACAAGAACCCACCACUCACCGGAGAGAGCGUGCUCUCACCCCUCCACCUUCUGGAAGGGCCAUUUUGCAACCAAGCCAACUCAAUGAGCAAAUUCAGUCUCCGAUGUUCAAACUUUCUGAGGAAUUACUGCUACUGAUCUAUGAAGAAGUUCUUGGUCGCAACCUGUUCCACAUUGUCAGGAGAACGACUUCAUUCCAACUUGGACAUAUUGUAUGCAAAACCAAUAUCCCAAGACGCCAAGAAGAAUGCAAUGAGAAUGAAUGUCGAGGCUUGAAGGUCCCGACUGGUAUUCAUGCCAAGACUGGACCAGGUGACGGAGGCCUAAUUCCACUUCUUCAGUCAUGUCGGAAAAUAUAUAUCGACGCAGUCAGAGUGCUGUAUUCGUCUAACAUAUUCGACUUUGACUGUAUGGAAACUCUGAUCUACUUCUCCACUGCCCUUGUCCCAGCUCGGUUCGACAACCUCAUCUCGCUCCAACUGGACUUUCGCUUUCCCCUCUCCCUCUAUUUCCAUGAAGCAACUCCUCAGAACGACCUCGCUCGCUGGGAAAGAACGUGGAGAAUCAUCGGGAGUAUGAAAUCGCUGCAAUUCCUCUGGGUUCGUAUUGCUUGGCCCAAGCAAGAGAUGACUGUUCGUGAAGAGAGGAGGUUCAUGGAACCUUUGUGUCAAGUCAGGGAGUUGAAUUGUUUUGAAGUGAGCCUACAGUCUGUUAUUGGGACGGAAUUCGAAAGCGGGAAAGAGGAACACUGGGUUGUUUUCAGGAGAAAGCGCUGAGGGAGAGAUGAAAGGAUUUCACGAGCUGCGGGGUAUACCACUACUUUUGCGUACUUGCUUCAUUACCACUUGCUUGAGGAGUACGACACCCGAAGUCGUUAACUACGAAUGCGCUCUCCAAUAUCUGAUCAAUACUUCUUACAAAAUCAUUAUUUCGUUGCGCUGUUAUUUACUGAUACCCGAAUCUUUGCAAGUCAUUCUUCGAGUCUUGCUCAUCACACCAGCCUGUGACAUCGUACAUUUUCCCGUUGGUAUUGGAUAUUAGCAAACGCGCUGGAUCUUUUACGGAAAUAGGUCCGGGAUCUCAGAGCUAAAGGAAUUGUUAAAAACAACCACCUAAAAAAUUCAAGUGUAUCGACAGGAAG